AGGGUAGUCGCCUUUAUAAACGCUUGUAACAACGAGUUUUACUAUCAUUAAAGUUUGCGUUCUUGUGCUGUGUGGAUAUCAACGCGAGACCUCCCAAACCAACAAAAAGACUUAAUUUAUUUAUUUAAUUUUAGUAAUUUAAUAAAACACAAACAAACAAAAUGUGCGACGAAGAAGUUGCUGCCUUAGUUGUUGAUAACGGUUCCGGUAUGUGCAAAGCCGGUUUCGCUGGUGAUGAUGCUCCCCGUGCCGUCUUCCCCUCAAUUGUGGGUCGUCCACGUCAUCAAGGUGUGAUGGUUGGUAUGGGCCAAAAGGAUUCGUACGUCGGUGAUGAAGCCCAAAGCAAACGUGGUAUCCUCACUUUGAAAUACCCCAUUGAACACGGUAUCGUUACCAACUGGGACGAUAUGGAAAAGAUCUGGCAUCACACUUUCUACAAUGAAUUGCGUGUAGCCCCCGAGGAACACCCCGUUUUGUUGACUGAAGCUCCUUUGAAUCCUAAAGCCAAUCGUGAGAAAAUGACACAAAUCAUGUUUGAAACCUUCAACACACCCGCUAUGUAUGUGGCCAUCCAAGCUGUAUUGUCCUUGUAUGCCUCUGGUCGUACCACCGGUAUUGUCUUGGAUUCUGGUGAUGGUGUCUCCCACACUGUACCCAUCUACGAAGGUUAUGCCCUCCCUCACGCCAUCUUGCGUUUGGAUUUGGCUGGCCGUGAUUUGACCGACUACUUGAUGAAGAUCUUGACUGAACGUGGCUACUCUUUCACCACCACAGCCGAACGUGAAAUCGUCCGUGACAUCAAGGAGAAAUUGUGCUAUGUUGCCUUGGACUUCGAACAAGAAAUGGCCACCGCCGCCUCCAGCUCCAGCUUGGAGAAGAGCUACGAAUUGCCCGAUGGUCAAGUAAUCACCAUUGGCAAUGAACGUUUCCGUUGCCCCGAAGCUUUGUUCCAACCUUCAUUCUUGGGUAUGGAAGCCUGCGGCAUCCACGAAACGACCUACAAUUCCAUCAUGAAGUGUGACGUCGAUAUCCGUAAGGACUUGUACGCCAACACUGUCUUGUCCGGCGGUACCACCAUGUACCCUGGCAUUGCCGAUCGUAUGCAAAAGGAAAUCACCGCCUUGGCCCCAUCCACCAUGAAGAUCAAGAUCAUUGCUCCCCCAGAACGCAAAUACUCCGUAUGGAUCGGUGGUUCCAUCUUGGCUUCCCUCUCAACCUUCCAACAGAUGUGGAUCUCCAAACAAGAAUACGACGAGUCCGGCCCCUCCAUUGUCCACAGAAAGUGCUUCUAAGCGGUUUCACCUUCUACUACCACCACCACCACCACAUGUUUACGUUUUAUAUUACUGCCACCUUGUGCUAUGGCACCUCCUUGUGGGGUGUUCUAGCAUUAAGUUGGUAUCGUCUUACUACUAUAACAACAACAACAUAGAAACCCAUUUUUUUAGUAGCUGCCGUAUUAGUCGUAGUAAUAAGGAGAAGUAUAAGAUCAGAUCAUCCAUCUAUCUAUCUGUAUGACAACAACAACAACAAACCAACAUCCACAAGAGAAGAGGAGGUUUAUACUAAACACAACAACAACAACAUAUACAUAUAAAUAUUAUAUAGGUAUAUAUUAUAAAGAAGAUGCUCUACUAAAGUAAUUUUCAUUUUUAUUGAAAAUUUUACUUUGGUCUAGUGUUUAACAAUGAAAAAUUCCAAAAAGAAAAAAAAUUAACAAAAAAUUUUUUAAAAAUCAACUGAAAACCAUGCGUUCGUUCGUUCCACACCACAUAAAACUUAAAUUUAUAUAUUACACACAAGAACAACA